AUGAUCCCAACCAUUGCCGGCACGCCCGAGCAGUUCACGAUGAAUAACCUUGAGCUUGCCAGCGGCGGGCAGGUGUUUCGAGACGCAUUCUACCCAUUGCCCGGCGUCACUCCGGCCUGGCGUAUCUCUUACUUGAACAAUAUCGUGGCCCGGGUGUCGUCGGUCGACACUCCGCAAUCAGUGCUCGACGAAAAGCAACACGACAUCACGUACGUCCAGGUCUCGGCCAUGAAGAAACUGGCUCCUAACACGGGUGCGUACAUGAACGAAAGGGUCAGAUUCGACCCGGACUGGAAGGUAGAUUUCUACGGCAGACGCUAUUAUUCCAGGCUCUUAGCCGUCAAGAGGAGAUACAACUCGCAUGGACUGUUUUACUGCCCCACGGAUGUAGGAAGUGAUGCGUUUGGGGUAGUUCCAGGUGCCGACUUCGACCCCAACACGCUUCCUCCUCCCUUUACCAUCUUUAGCAUGCCGAGAGGUCAAAUCAAUCCGGAGCACAUGCUGCCGAUCGAGACCUAUGGCCAACCUCGACGAAGCUGGCGUAGAGCCGUCGUCCUCGAUGAUCAAUUCCUUCAAGACCUCGAGGAAGUUAAGCCGGAGAAGCACAAGAAGCCGAAGCGCGCCUCCAAAGUGGCCUAUAAACGAGUGGACUAA